CUGUUAUAGUCCUCUAUCCAUUGCCGACUUCAACUCCUCCGUUUCUCUCUUUCCAAUUCCAAAAAUGGCGGCAACAGCUACGGCAGAGCUCGCCCUCGCGAAACCCUUCAACUCCAUUUCCAAAUUCAGCCGACCACUAAACCAUAAAGCUGUCUCAUUUACGCCGUUUCUCCACAUCCGAGCCUCCGCCGCCGCUGCGGCACCGCCGGUGAGGGGGAAAGGGAAAAAAGAAAUAAAUGAGUCACUUCUUACGCCGAGAUUCUACACGACAGACUUUGACGAAAUGGAGCAGCUAUUCAACAAGGAGAUUAAUAAGAACUUGAACCAGUCCGAGUUCGAAGCUCUGUUGAAUGAGUUUAAGACCGAUUAUAAUCAAACCCACUUUGUUCGAAAUCCUGAAUUCAAGGAGGCGGCGGACAAGAUGCAGGGACCUCUUCGACAGAUCUUCGUGGAGUUUCUGGAGAGAUCUUGUACUGCUGAGUUCUCCGGAUUCUUGCUGUAUAAGGAGCUUGGGAGGAGGCUAAAGAAAACUAAUCCGGUGGUGGCGGAGAUAUUCUCACUUAUGUCAAGAGAUGAAGCCAGGCAUGCUGGGUUUUUGAAUAAGGGUUUAUCAGAUUUUAAUUUGGCAUUGGAUUUGGGUUUCCUAACCAAGGCUAGAAAGUACACAUUCUUUAAGCCAAAGUUCAUCUUCUAUGCUACUUAUCUCUCAGAAAAGAUUGGAUACUGGAGGUAUAUCACCAUUUAUAGGCAUUUGAAGGCAAAUCCUGAGUAUCAGCUCUACCCUAUCUUCAAGUACUUUGAGAACUGGUGCCAGGAUGAGAACAGGCAUGGUGACUUUUUUUCUGCUUUGAUGAAAGCCCAGCCUCAGUUCCUAAAUGACUGGAAGGCAAAGUUGUGGUCUAGGUUCUUCUGCCUCUCGGUCUAUGUGACAAUGUAUCUCAAUGAUUGCCAGCGUACUGCUUUCUAUGAAGGCAUUGGCCUCAACACCAAAGAAUUUGAUAUGCAUGUCAUUAUUGAGACCAACCGAACAACAGCAAGGAUAUUCCCAGCAGUCCCUGAUGUUGAGAAUCCAGAGUUCAAGAAGAAGCUGGACAGGAUGGUAGAGAUCAACCAGAAGAUUAUAGCUAUUGGAGAAGGUGAGGACAUUCCUAUGGUAAAGAACUUGAAGAGGAUACCUCUAAUUGCAGCUCUAGUAUCUGAACUCUUGGCUGCCUAUCUUAUGCCUCCCAUUGAUUCUGGAUCUGUUGAUUUUGCUGAUUUUGAGCCUACGCUUGUUUAUUGAUUCUUGUAUAAAACUACCUUCUUUUUGUAUGAAAAUAUGUUCCAAGUUCCUAGUAAGAACGCAUUUAUUCAAUGAAUGUGCUUUGAUGUGGAGAUGUAUCUUAUGAGCAUCUAUGAGAUUCUUGAAGCUUUUGAUUGCUUA